AAGGAGCAGAGGUGGUCUCUGCUCACCUGAGGAUUUCAGGUGGCAGUCGCCCUGCUGAGUUGUUCAGCGACGGGUACCUUGUAAGCACUCUGUGCCUUGUCCACAGAGUCUACUCGCGAGUCCUCGCUGUUGAGUUCUCGUCUCAUUUCUGCAAUAAGAUUUUACCAUGCCGGAUUUUAACGCCCGUUUUAACGUGCACGAUACCGAGUCGACCGAGGCAAACGCGUUUUUCACGAGAAUCAGCUGCGUGAGACGUUGUUGUUGGUACCAUUCUCCGGAUAAUUGAUGGUUAUUUAAUAAACUACAACUAGCAUACAAAAGACGUCAUUCGUACAUUGACACGGAUCAUUCCAUCAUGUGCAACACGAAUAUAUGACACGGAAUCGUGUCUUGAUUGAUGAACCUAUUUAUUCGAAACACGUUCCGUCGAUGAAACAUUAUAUCAUGAAAAUAAGUUGGAACUCGUGGUGAUUCUUUGGACUGGUUUAUGGUGAUUGUAGAGUAUCGGAAGUAGCUUUCUGUUUUAUCAUUAUCAAAUUGGAGCAUGAUGGGAGAAGUGAUCCGUGUUUCUGGGAGGGCACCAGACGUAGGGGAGUUCCUCAAGGAGGCGAUGCUGUCCCAGAGGUUCGCCGAUGUGGCUCUCUGCUGUCCCGGCGGACAAAGAUUCUUGGCGCAUCGCUUGGUUCUCUCAGCCGCCAGCCCUUAUUUACAGGAAGUGCUGCUCGCGCACAGCAGAACUUCGACGCACUGCGAGCCGAUCACAGUGAUCCUCGCUGAAGUGGAGGCUCCGGAAUUGGCCGCGAUCCUCGGUUUCGUAUACACAGGAAGUGCGACAGUGCCGCGACCGCGUUUGAACGCGUUUCUGCACGCCGCCGAAGCCCUGCACAUCAGACUCCCGCCAGUUCCGGUCGUGAUGACUUGCCCGAAGCCGGAUUGCAAGCAAGAAGACGUCAAGGACGUGAAGAUCAGCCCGAAGUACCUUCAGUGCGAUCAGUAUCCGUGCUGCGAUCACUGGUACCGUCCGCGGGCGGAUCAAAAUGGCGAUUCCGCGAGUAAGGAGGAACCUUAUCCGACGAUUGAGUCCUUGGAAGCCGCGACAGAAAUCGGAUCGCUUCCUGAAUCAAUGAACUUUAAUGAAUCGAGAUGUAGGACGGGCAGAUAUUGCUCUACAACCUGGCCCGUUCCCCCUUUCGCGAACACCGCUCAAGAAAAGACUGUUCACUGUACUGAUCAGCGUCCGGAUAAGGACAGGAUGAGUCAGUCGGACGUAGGAAGGUAUCAUCCAAUCUCCGCAGUGCCUACGAUUGAUAGGAUUACCGGCACGGCGAGUGAACACGCGGAAAAUCUUAAUACCAGCUGCGACUUCUCAGCCAGGAUUCGCCAACAAGAAUUCUGUUUCCCACGGACCCCUUACGAUAUCAGAUUAGACAGGCAAUUGGACCCGCUCGAAACGAGAAUGAGAAGUGAUCAUGUGCGUUUGCGAACCGCGAACGAGGAGAACGUUCUGAGGAAAGACGCGUCCGCGUGCGGUGGUUGUUUUGAACAGGAGAGAAUACCUGGAGAGCGUCUCACCGUGAUUCGAUCACGGAUCGGUUCUUGUCAAACCAAGACCGUGCCUUCGCACUUACCCGGACGCGCUAGAUCUUACGAAAAAUCGGAGUUUGGUGAAGAUUUGACGUGUCGCGAGAAUUGUUUCGCUUGGAAGCCGCCGAGAAGACAUGUGGCUAAUAGGGUGAUCGCUUCGCCGUGGAGGCAGAUCAUCAGGCCGUACCAUUCGCCCAAGUUGCAGCCUAUGACGACUCAGCCGCACGUCAACAAUACUGAAACCGUGGGCAAUCUGCACACAUCGGGAACCGCACGGUCCUCUACGAUCCCGACCAGUCCUACUCGACAUUUCGACAAAAUCUGCACGUCUGCCGAUCAUUAUUACGGCGUCGAAGUUCCUACUACUCACGAUAUCGCGUACAACAGUGGCAGCAAAUUAUUGGAAGGAAAUCCCGUGAUGGGACCAAGGCCACAGGAGUUUUACUCGCCUCAGAUUCAAUCGUCGGUGAUAACGCAAAUCUCCCCAGUGACACAUACCGACGCCGGAAGCUGUGAGACGGUCUUGCAGUCUCAAAAUAACAUAAUCUCUACCACGACAAGAUGCUUAUCGAGUAACACGGAGUGCGGUCAAACUAAUAUGAACAGAAAGGGUGGCUACCUCGGGCAUACGUUUUCCCAAUCGCCACAGAAGCCGGAAAUCUCUCAUCCCGUUAGCAGACUAUGCGAUACGAUCGAUUCGGACGAUAAAACCGAUCGUCUGGCGAACGUGGAAGUCGAGAGGCCGGAGACAGACGCAAGGAUCGAGGACAAGUUCGCCGAGGGCGUUGUUAUCGAUAGCGAUAACAACAACAACGACGCUGUUGUUAGCCAGGACACUGUCCAACGCGGCAGAGGAACCCAGGAGAAUCAUAGGUGCGAUCAGUGUGGCAAGACUUUCGUUACCAGAGCCUCGUUAAAGGUGCACAUCAGAACUCAUUCCGGGGAGAAGCCGUUCCGUUGCGCGGACUGCGGCAAGCAGUUUUCUCAAUUGCGAAAUUACAAGUAUCAUCGUAGCGUCCACGAAGGGACCAGGGAAUUCGCUGCCACCUGUCCGGAAUGCGGCAAGUACUUCAACGAUCGCGGCUACCUGAGCUCCCACAUGAAGAUCCAUCGAAAUCGGAAGGAAUACGGUUGCGCGGAAUGCGGCAAGAGUUUCAAUCAACGGGUCGCGUAUAACAUGCACGUGAGGAUCCACACGGGCGUGAAGCCUCACCAAUGCGAACAGUGCGGGAAAGCGUUCUCGAGGAAGAUGCUACUGAAGCAACACCUACGGACGCAUUCCGGUGAACGACCUUAUCAGUGCCAGGUUUGCCACAAGGCGUUCGCUGAUCGAUCGAACAUGACGUUACACACGAGGCUACAUUCCGGAUUAAAGCCUUAUCAAUGUACACUGUGCUCGAAGGCGUUUACGAAGAAACAUCAUCUCAAAACUCAUCUCAAUUACCACACCGGAACCAAACCUUAUUCCUGUCCUAAUUGCGGGUUGAGAUUCUCGCAGAGCAGCAACAUGAGGACACACUUUAAGAAGUGUACCAUUAACAACCCCGCGGAGAUGAAGGGUUCGCAGUUAGACGUUACCGUAAUGGAAUCGAGCAAACUCGCGCAACCGAGGAUGAUAUCGAGAACGCCCACGGAAACGCUUACUCCACCGAACUCUGACCAGGAGCUGACCAUUCUGACGCCGAUCUCGAAGAACAUCAGGAUAGAAGGAACUGGAACGUAGCGUUAACGUCGUGCUACGUAUCCGAUUGACUACGUAUGAUGAUGAAGAGAUCAAUGAAAUUAAUUUACAGUGGGCACGAUUGAAAAAUGAUGUUACUCUUGCGGAGGAAAUCUACACGACAAAUCGAUGAAUUGAAUAUCUUAACACCAGUUUCAAGAAACGCCGGAUGAACAUAGGAAGAAUCAGAACGUAACGAGAACGUAGUACAAUCUAUCAGAUUUGCUGUGCGACGAUGGGAUACCCAAAGAAAUAUCUGUGCAUGCAUGUCACUGGACUGAUAAGUAUCUGAUACAAUAAAUCGAAGAAACGAAUUCAUGCUUUCAGGAGGGAUGAAAAUGUAACGAUAACGUCGUACAACCUAUCAGAUUACCGGUAAACUGUGUUAAUAAAGUAUUCGACGAAACCUAUCUGUGGACUGAUAUAUAAUCUCCUGCGUAAUAAAUCCAGGAGCUAAGUAUAUUAGUGGUAAUUUCGAGAAGCAUAGAAAAUCAGAACGUAAUGAUAACAGGCUAACAGGUUGAUCAUUCCUCGAUGAAACGUUCCUGCGGAGUCCGGGUUGACAAAUAACACGAUGCUUUUCCGUCCGGUGGAAAUCAAUCUGCGCGACAAAUCGAAGAAUCGAAGCACGCGUGAUGUAACGUGUGUCGCACAUCGGUUAUGAAUCAAGCUGAUAACGAUUCGCGGGGCUGACGGUCGUAGAAAGCUCGUGCCCGUCCAGGUUUUUACGUUUGUAGAAACGAUCAGUCCACGCGGAGAUGCUUUUUUGCCCGGGCUGGUCUCGAGAUAAUGCGCGGGGAGGUAACGACGGAUAAAUCGAUCGAAUUGCCGUUGCCCGCAAAUGUAAUCGAACGUAGAAAGUAUUGGAUACGUUUGAAAGUAGCUCUGUCAGUCGGUAAUCCGAGAGCUACCAUAAGAGUACGUACAAAUAACCGCCUUUUCCUGGAAAUUGUCGUUUUACUAUAGGACGUAUCGAUUCAAUCCGCAAAUCGUUACGUCAAUCCUCAACUUUUUUCGUUUAAUUCCCUUUUUCUGUUAUCCAUCCCAUUACAAACGAAUCAGCCAUAAUUAAUACCGAAUCUGUUGAAAACAUCGUAAGAAUUUCUUGUUGCUUACGUGUUUAGGAAUGAGAUCGGUCGAGAUUAAUCGUCUAAUAAAUAAAGUGAAUUAAGUGAUUGUUUUCGUCGUCGUAUGUGAGGAAUUUUGUUCAAGAAAAUGUGUGUUUAAGAUUCCGUAGAAUAAACUUAACGAGAAGAGUCCGUGACUUCUGUGUUUUAGUCUGUAAUUAAAAUGAAAUCUCCGUGCGCUUCCGAGUUUUUCUACUUGUAACAUAUGUAUACUUAAGUAUUUUGUCGAUAAGGUGGAGAUGUAUGUAUGUAGUAUGUACACUGACCGGUGAAUUGAAACAAUUAAAAUAUUACAAAUCUUGUUCA